AUCCUCGUAUAUUCACCAGGAUUUCUUAGUUUUGCUGAGUGUUACUGGUUCUCUAGUUGUCCCGUGCUUCUUCUUCUUCCAUCAGUAACUUACGAAUAUGUUAGAGCCUGAAGAAAAGUCGAAUCUUACUCCUCUAAAUGAUCCUGUUGCAGCAGUAGGUGCAGUGCCAGCCAGCUCCACCCUGAAUGUUACUCGCCCAGAGCUUGUCAAUAUCGUCAAAGAGGAUACUUUGGAGUCUCAAUAUCUUCCAUUUCCCUCUGGGAUAAGCCAGGCAGUCAAUACUACCAUCACUGCUAACCAGCAGAGGCCCAUUCCUAGUCUAACUCUCCCUAGGCCUGCAGCUUCUGUCCCUAUACCCGCAGGACAGGUCAUCAAGUAUUGUCCAAAGCAUCCAGCCAUUUCAGUCACACUUGAUGGCAAGGAUUUGUGGGAUGAAUUCUAUCGUGUGGGAACAGAGAUGAUUGUGAAUCGUGCUGGAAGGAGGAUGUUUCCUGGGUUUUCUGUGAAUAUUAGUGGCCUCAAGCCUAAAUCAAAGUAUGUUAUGAAGUUGGAGAUACUACUGGCUGAUUCACACAGAUUUAAGUUCAUCAAUUCAAGAUGGUUACCCAUAGGUAGUGCUGAGCCACAGCCACAGUAUGAAACUUAUGUACACCCGGACUCACCUAAUACUGGGACGUUUUGGACAAGACAUGGAGUCUCUUUCAAAAAGCUUAAAAUAACAAACAACAAGGACAGUCCCAAUUCUAAUGCUGUUCUUCACUCAAUGCACAAAUACUUCCUUCGUUUGUAUAUUGAGGAAGUUAAGAAGGUGUCACCUCCUGGAGGAACUGCAAUUGAAAAUGGAGAGAGAGAAGGAGGAGUGAACGGAGAAGACAAACGACAUGGAGCUAGUCAGCAAAUGGUGGCCAAGUCAAUAAUGUCUAUAGAAUUUCCAGAAACAACAUUUGUAGCUGUCACUGCAUAUCAGAAUGAAGAAGUCACGCAACUCAAGAUCACCAAUAACCCAUUUGCAAAGGCAUUCCGGGAUAAUUCCUUAGACUUGGAAUGGGAUUCUACUCAAGCACUCUAUGCUGGUAACAACUCUUCAAGCUAUUUUAGUCCUGCUACCGUAACACAACCAGGUAGCUGUAGUUACGUCAUGUCACCUUCGCCCUCGCCAUGGGCCAUUCACUCACCAGCACUGAUGUCUCCAUAUUCAAUCCCUCCUUCAUUUUAUUCCAUUUCUCCUCAGUCAAUGGCAGGGACCAUGACUCACUUUAAUCAUUCUCUUCCGCCUACUCCUCAAGGAGAUGUUAGCGUUUUCCAAUGGCCACAGCACAAUGGGAGUGAUCUGCUUCAUUCGCCUGCUGCUAUUCUUCCUCCUCCGGCUCCAAUCCUCUCAAAUUAUUAUAAUCAUCUCACCCCAACACUAGGCCAUCAUCCACCUUCCGCUAUUGAUGAAACUUCUCAAUCAUGCAGUGAUAUUCCAGCUACUCCACUCCAGGACUUUGGCAAUGCCUACUAUACUCAAUCUUAAAAAACUUAUUUUCAUAAUGAAUAAAUCAAAUGGUCAUAUAGGUCAAAUUACACAUGAUGAUUUAGUAAUGAUGCAGUUGUAUUAAUUAUUAUUGUUUAUUGUUCUCCUUUCCAUUCUGGGCAUAAUUUAA